AAAGAUCAGACGGACGGUACCGCACGAAUAUCGCCCUUUUAAAUAUACGCCGAGACUUCGUCGAGUGGGACUUCGAGUUCAUCUCUUUGACUCUCGAUUUCGCUGAUCGCCACUCCCCUCUUCCUCCUCCUCGUUUCGGACUCAGAUCCUCUCGCGGUAAUCAUGGGAACAAGAUGCGGGGUGGUUGUGAUUCCUCUUCUUCUCUCGAUCUUGUUGCUUGUUUCUGCUGUUCCGGCAUCGGCCGAGGAAGAUGGAUUUAUCAGGAUUGGCCUGAAGAAGAAACCCUUAGAUGAAAGCAGCAGGCUUGCGUCACGGAUAAUGGACAAGGAAAGGAAGAGCUUGAUGGGCCGGAAGUAUGGACUUGGAGAUGGUCUCGAGGACGAAGGAGAUGCUGAUUAUAUUUCCCUGAAGAACUACAUGAACGCGCAGUACUUCGGGGAGAUCGGCGUUGGAACACCUGCGCAGAAGUUCACCGUGAUAUUUGACACUGGCAGCUCAAAUUUGUGGGUUCCAUCUGCCAAGUGUUACUUCUCGUUGGCUUGUUAUUUCCAUUCGAAGUAUAAGUCAAGCAAGUCAAGCUCCUACAAAAAGAACGGGAAGCCAGCAGCCAUUCGCUAUGGAUCUGGGUCAAUUUCUGGUUUUUUUAGUCAAGAUCAUGUUACGGUUGGUGAUCUAGUUGUCAAAGAUCAGGUUUUUAUUGAGGCCACCAGAGAGCCUAGUGUCACGUUUUUGGUUGCAAAAUUUGAUGGCAUACUUGGACUUGGAUUUAAGGAAAUAUCAGUUGGCAAUGUUACACCUGUGUGGUACAAUAUUGUUGAGCAAGGCCUUGUAAAAGAACCUAUUUUCUCUUUCUGGUUUAAUCGAAAUUCCGAGGACGGGGAGGGAGGUGAAAUUGUAUUUGGAGGUGUUGAUCCAAGUCAUUACAAGGGUGAACACACUUAUGUUCCUGUGACUCAGAAGGGAUACUGGCAGUUUAAGAUGGGAGAUGUCAUGAUUGGUGGCCAAUCUACUGGGUAUUGUGCUGGUGGUUGUGCAGCAAUUGCAGAUUCUGGAACUUCUUUGCUUGCUGGUCCAACAACCAUCAUUGCAGAGAUCAACCACAAAAUUGGAGCUUCUGGUGUUGUUAGUCAAGAGUGCAAAGCAGUAGUAGCUGAAUAUGGGCAACAAAUUCUGGAUUUGUUGUUGGCAGAGACACAACCUGCCAAGAUUUGUGCUCAGAUUGGUCUGUGUACCUUUGAUGGAACCCGUGGUAUUAGUAUUGGCCUUGAGAGCGUGGUGAAUGAUAAUGGUGAUAUAUCAGCUGGUCUCCAGAGUGAUGCUAUGUGCAGUGCUUGUGAGAUGGCAGUUGUUUGGAUGCAAAAUCAGUUGAGACAGAACCAGACAAAAGAACACAUAUUGAAUUACAUCAAUGAGCUAUGUGAUCGGCUACCUAGCCCCAUGGGAGAAUCAGCUGUAGAUUGUGGUGCCCUUGCAUCAAUGCCUGGUGUCUCCUUCACUAUUGGUGGUAAAGUAUUUGAGCUCAAACCGGAGCAGUACAUUCUCAAGGUUGGUGAGGGAUCAGUGGCACAGUGCAUCAGUGGGUUCACCGCUUUUGACAUUCCACCACCUCGGGGCCCUCUUUGGAUACUGGGAGACGUCUUCAUGGGAGCCUAUCAUACAGUGUUUGAUUAUGGCAAUUUGAGAAUUGGGUUUGCAGAAGCAGCUUAGAACAGAAAUGCUUAGCAGACGUCUUCAUAUAGAAUAACCAAAUAAAAAGGACGGCAGGUGAUGCAUGUACAUAAAACUGUGGGCUAUGUUGUUCUGCUUCUGUGAAACUACUGUUGCUAAUGAUCCUUCCAAGGAAACAUUUGUUGCUUCUCACUUUGUAGAUGUAGUAUAUCAUCUAAAACUCCUGCUUGUUGCCCGAAAUUGGGAAUAGCUAGAUGUGUCAUGGCUGAAAUUGAUUCAAUUUGAUGGAUCAAGUACUCGCGAUGCAUUACCAUAUGCUGUCGAGGAACUUACUUUUUCUA